AUGGAGGUGCAGCUGGGGGUCGGCCGCGUCUACCCGCGGCCGGGUGGCAGAACCUUCCGCGGGGCUUUUCAGAGCUUCUUUCAGAGCGUCUGCGAGGCUUUCCAGCCGCCGCGGGAGGAACCGGGCACGGGGCAGCUGCCGUCGAGCGCGCCCUGCCCGCCGAGCCCCCGGCCGCCGCCGGGCUCCCCCGCCUGCCUGCCGCCCCCCGAGCCCCGCGCCGCCGGGAAGGCACUGCCGGCCGCCGGCCCCGCCAUCGGCUCGUCCUUCCCCUGCGCCGGCGAACUGAGGGAGCUGCUGGGCGAAGCGGGAUCGAUGCCGCUGUUGCCGCCGCCCGAGGCCGAGCCGGCGGACAAGGACGACCCGCUAGGCGACAGCGCCCGGCAGCUGUGCCGCGCCGUGUCCGCCUCCAUGGGGCUGGCGCUGGAGGCGCUGGAGGCUCCGGCCGAGCCGCUGCCCCGCGAGGACUGCAUGUUCGCCGUGCCCGCCGGGCCGCCCCGCGCCCCGCACCCGCCCGCCCGCGACCCCCCGCCCGCCUUCGCGGCCGCCCUGGCCACCGAGCCGCCCGCCGGGCCGGGGCUGCCCCGCGGCUUCGGCCGCGUCAAGCUGGAGAGCGCGGCGGGGCCGGGGCCCGCGGCGGGCGGCGGCUGGGGCGGUCCGUGCCGCUUCGGGACCGAGCUGGUCCCGCCGGGCCCCGCGCCCCCCUGGCCCACCUUCUUCGCCGAGGAGGGGCAGCUGUACGGGCCGUGCCCCGAGCCGCCCGCCGACUGCCCCGCCGACGCCUGGUACCCGCCAGGCCGGGCGCCCUUCGCCGCCCCCGCCGCCGGCAUCAAGAGCGAGCUGGAGCCCUGGGUCGAGGGCUACGCCGGCGCCUACGGCGACCUCCGGUUGGAGACUGGCCGUGACCAUGUCCUGCCCAUUGACUAUUACUUCCCACCUCAGAAGACCUGCCUGAUCUGUGGAGAUGAAGCGUCCGGGUGCCAUUACGGAGCCCUCACGUGUGGGAGCUGCAAAGUCUUCUUCAAACGGGCGGCUGAAGGCAAACAGAAGUACCUGUGUGCCAGCCGGAACGACUGCACCAUCGACAAGUUCCGACGGAAAAACUGCCCCUCCUGCCGCCUGCGGAAGUGCUACGAGGCCGGGAUGACGCUCGGAGCCCGCAAGCUGAAGAAACUGGGUAACCUGAAGACACAGGAUGAGGUGGAGGCAGGCAGCUCAUCCAGCCCCACGGAGGAGCAAGCUCCCAAGCUGGUGAUGACACGCAUCGAUGGCUAUGAGUGCCAGCCCAUCUUCCUCAACGUCCUGGAGGCCAUCGAGCCCGGCGUGGUGUGUGCUGGCCACGACAACAGCCAGCCAGACUCCUUCUCCAACCUGCUGACCAGCCUGAAUGAGCUUGGGGAGCGGCAGCUGGUCUACGUGGUCAAAUGGGCGAAGGCCCUGCCAGGAUUUCGCAACCUGCAUGUGGACGACCAGAUGUCAAUAAUCCAGUACUCUUGGAUGGGCCUCAUGGUGUUUGCUAUGGGGUGGAGAUCCUUCACCAACGUCAAUUCCAGAAUGCUUUACUUUGCUCCAGACCUGGUCUUCAAUGAGUACCGCAUGCACAAAUCCAGGAUGUACAGCCAGUGUGUCAGGAUGAGGCACCUCUCCCAGGAGUUCGGGUGGCUUCAGAUCACGCCCCAGGAGUUCCUCUGUAUGAAGGCUCUCCUUUUCUUCAGUGUUAUUCCAGUGGAUGGCCUGAAGAACCAGAAGCUCUUCGAUGAGCUCCGCAUGAAUUACAUUAAGGAACUUGACCGUAUCAUCGCCUGCAAGAGGAAGAACCCCACCUCCUGCUCCCGGCGGUUUUACCAGCUCACCAAGGUCCUGGACUCCGUGCACCCGAUUGCCAAGGACCUGCACCAGUUUACAUUUGACCUGUUAAUCAAGGCACACAUGGUGAGCGUGGACUACCCGGAAAUGAUGGCUGAGAUCAUCUCUGUGCAGGUUCCCAAGAUCCUGUCUGGAAAAGUCAAGCCUAUCUACUUCCAUGCACAGUGAUCUUCCAUAGGGACCCCCGAGCUGCCUCCCCCAUUCCAGCCAUCUCCUGCCUGUUAUUUCUGCACUACUGUCCUGCAGUGCCUUGGGGAAUCCCUCUGCAGUGGUGGCCGAGGGGACAGGCAGUGACAGACCUGCUGGGAUUCCUGAGAUUUCUGUUUUCCUGAGGUACCUCUGAACUGAACCCCCGGCCUCGGCCUCUGCCCAGCUCUGGCUGCUUGUGGUGAUGGACAGGGACUGGCACAGAGCAGCAGGACCCCGCCUGCUCUCGUCUCUGUGUUUGUCACCGUGACUCCAGCGGCCCAGGGCCACAGAAGAGUGGGAGAAGUGCCAGUAGUUGGUGGGUUUGGGGUGUUUUCUAUACGCAGAACAUGACA